ACUCAGUGUGAUGGGUGAGAAUGCGCAGGCGCAGUAGCCAGCACCGUGCACCAUGUCUGACAGAGAUGGGCCGUCCUCGGAAACAUCGUGCGGCAGCGGCGCCACAAGCGCCAGCCCAGCCCCGGAUGGAGAGUGUAAGAAAUUCAUGCAACAAAAGUCAGCUCAAGAAUUGACCAAAGAAGAAAAACAACAAUUAAGGAAGGAGAAAAAGCAACAGAAGAAACACAGGAAGGAAGACAAGACUGCAGAUGUGGGAACAUUUUUUGCAACAGAGGUCCCAAAAAAACAACAGAAAGAUGCAACAGCAAAUGCAGCAUCAGGCGACAUGCCUAUUGGUAAUGAGAAAAGUUUGACUGGAAAAGCAAAAAAUGAACUUAGAGCAGAGCGCAAGGCAAAACAAGAUGAACGUGCAAAACAAUCUAAAAAAUUGGAUCAAGGCCAGCAGGCUGUUUCAACGAAGACAAAGCCUGUCCCUAGCGAGCCACAGCAAGUAGUGAAACGACUCCCAGAUUAUGUUCAGGCAGAUGACCCUGCGGUUUGUAAAAAGAUGGCCAAAAAAUUGGAACGGCAACAGAUUCCACAGAGACAAGAUUAUGGAAAUAAAGUUGGUCUGUUUUUACACUUGCACCAAUACAGCCGUAAAAUGCCACUAACCCACCAACUAACCACGCUUUCAACUGUACAUCCUGCUAUUGUGCGUCUAGGAUUGCAGUAUUCUCAAGGCAUUAUCACAGGAUCAAAUGCACGGUGUAUAGCAUUGCUACAUGCUUUUAAGCAGGUUAUCCAUGAUUACUCAACUCCACCCAAUGAAGAGUUGUCAAGAGAUUUGGUCAAUAAACUCAAACCAUACAUCAGUUUUUUGAAUCAGUGUCGAUCACUCUCAGCAAGUAUGGGCAAUGCUAUAAAGUUCAUAAAAAAGGAAAUCUCAAAUAUUGCCGGAAGCAGCAGAGAGGAUGAGGCAAAAGCCAUAUUGUUUGAAUGUAUAGAUAAAUAUGUAAAGGAGAAGAUUCAUUUGGCUGCGGAAGCGAUAUCAAAAUCUGCUUUUGAGAAGAUUAAUGAAGGUGAUGUCAUUCUGGUGUACGCAUGUUCAUCGUUAGUAACCUCCAUCCUUUGUGAUGCCCACAAGCGGAAAAAGUUCAAGGUAGUAGUGGUGGACAGUAGGCCUAAACUAGAAGGAAGAGAGACACUCCGGAGACUAGUAAAGAAUGGGAUUCACUGCACCUAUGUUCUUAUUGGUGCUGUGUCCUAUAUUCUGCCUGAGGUUUCUAAGGUGUUCUUGGGAGCCCAUGCCCUUCUUGCUAAUGGUUAUGUGAUGUCACGUGUGGGAACGUCACAAAUAGCUCUUGUGGCAAAAGCAUACAAUAUACCAGUCCUGGUAUGCUGUGAAACACACAAGUUUUGUGAAAGAGUUCAAACAGAUUCAUUUGUAUCGAAUGAACUGGAUGACCCCGAUGAUCUUUUGGUGACCCGACGUGGAAGAACUCCUCUUCAGGAUUGGCAGGCAAAUUCCAAAUUGCACCUUCUUAACUUGGUAUAUGACGUGACGCCGCCUGAUUUUGUUGAUUUGGUAAUCACAGACUUGGGAAUGAUCCCCUGUACUUCAGUACCAGUAGUACUGCGUGUAAAGAACGUGGAAUAUUAGGACUUUGUGAAACCGUCCGGUGAAUAGGAACGAACAGUGAUGAUGAUGGUUCCAGUGUUUUCACAUUUUCUCUGGCAUGUAAUAAAAAACAUAGUAAUUUGGUUCA